GGUUGUUGUUCUGUCUGUUCCUUCUCUUUGUAUUUUCCGCACAAUAAAAAACAAAAGACUUAACUAGGUUCUUGUCUCUCUCAUUGGAUCCUCCAAGAAAAACUGAAGAGAUUGGAUUGAAGAAAUUACUUUUCCUAUCUGCUGUGGAGCAUCAGAGCUAUGCAAUACAAUGUCGCUGAAUGGUAAAGACAUAGACCAAGCAUUUCAGAGUGCAGGAACAAAAGCUGGUUUAGAAAUCUGGUGCGUCGAGAACCUUCAACUGAUUCCUGUCCCAAAGUCUUCACAUGGGAAAUUCUAUUGUGGAAGUGCAUACAUAGUUUUGCAUACAGUUGUGCCAAAAAAUGGGCCUCCUCAGCAUGACAUACACUAUUGGCUUGGAAAUGACUCAAACAAGGUGGACUCGGUUUUGGCAUCGGAUAAAGCACUUGAACUAGAUGAGGCUCUGGGGUCCUGUACUGUGCAAUACAGGGAAGUCCAAGGCCAAGAAACAGAGAAGUUUUUGUCAUACUUCAAACCCUGUAUUAUACCUGUUGAAGGUGUGUAUUCUUCACGGCCAGGGCAGUCAAGCGGAGAAACAUAUCAGAUCAAAUUGUUAACGUGCAAAGGAGACCAUGUAGUUCAUGUUAAAGAAGUGCCUUUUUCUAGGUCAUCACUAAACCACAAUGAUGUGUUCAUACUUGAUACUGCAUCAAAAAUUUUUCUCUUUAGUGGCUGCAACUCUAGCACACAAGAAAGAGCCAAAGCCUUGGAGGUUGUACAAUAUAUCAAAGAUACUAAGCAUGGUGGGAAGUGUGACGUGGCAACUGUAGAGGAUGGAAAGUUUGUUGGUGAUCAUGAAGUGGGUGAGUUCUGGAGUUUAUUUGGUGGUUAUGCUCCCAUUCCGCGGGAAUCACCUUCUUUCUUUCAAGAUCACUCUGACGCACAAUCUGGGAAACUUUUCUGGAUAACUCUUCAGGGUAAACUAUGUCAAUGUGAAACUGAUUCAUUGACUAGAGAAUUGCUCGAGGCAGACAAGUGUUAUAUGUUGGACUGUGAUUCUGAGAUUUUUGUUUGGCUGGGAAGACUUACCUUGGUCACUGAACGGAAGACAUCAGUUUCAGCUGCAGAAGAUUUCCUAAGAAAUCAUGGCAGGUCAGCUGGUACUCAUUUGUCUUUAAUCACUGAAGGGUUAGAAAGUACAAAAUUCCGGUCAUACUUUACUAAUUGGCCUCAAAAGGUUGAGCCAAGGUUGUAUGAAGAAGGCAAAGAAAAAGUAGCAGCAAUAUUUAAGCAGCAUGGUUAUGAGGUGAAAGAGCUUCCUGAAGAAGAGUUGGAGCCACUUAUAGAUUGCAAGGGCACCAUAAAAGUUUGGCGGGUAGAUGGUGAUGAAUGGUCCCUUGUCCCAGUUCCAGAACAGAAAAAGCUUUUCAGUGGGGAUUGCUAUAUUGUGCAAUAUACAUAUCCUAGCAAUGGAAGGGAUGAGAAUCUAUUUUAUGCGUGGCUAGGUCGUGAUAGUGUACCGGAAGAUAGAAGAGAUGUUAUCACCCAUGCGAAUGCCAUUAUUGAUUCAACCAAGGGAGAACCUGUUAUGGCACGAAUUUUACAGGAUAAGGAGGCCAAUCAAUUCUUUUUCAUCUUCCAGACAUUAAUUAUUUACAAGGGAGGUAAAAGUACACGAUACAAGGAAUUUAUUGCAGAAAAAGGCAUUGCAGAUGAGACUUAUGAUGAAAGCAAGGAAGCUCUUUUUCGGAUUCAAGGGACAAGUCCUAAUCAUAUGCAGGCCAUCCAAGUUGAUCAUGUAUCAAGCUCUUUGAACUCAUCUUAUUGUUACAUCCUGCAAACUGGAACAUCUAUCUUCACUUGGAUUGGGAAUCUCUCUUCACCCAGAGACCAUGAUCUUCUUGACACAAUGCUGGAGUUUCUAAAUCCAACAUGGCUACCGGUAUCGGUGAGGGAAGGGAAUGAACCUGAUAUCUUUUGGGAAGCACUGGGUGGAAAGACAGAGUAUCCAAAAGGAAAAGAAAUAAAACUACAUGUAGAAGAUCCACAUUUGUUUUUGUUGAACGUAGCUGGAGGUGAUUUUAAGGUGAAAGAGAUAUACAACUUUACGCAGGAUGAUUUAACUACUGAAGAUGUCUUAGUGCUUGACUGUCACAAUGAGAUAUAUGUCUGGGUUGGAUGUCGCUCAAAAGCCAAAUCGAAGGAACAAGCACUCGCUUUUGCCCUGAAAUUUAUUGAGACAGACAUACUUGCAGAAGAACUAUCUUUGGAAAUGCCUAUAUAUGUUGUCAAUGAAGGGCAUGAACCGUCAUUCUUCACGCGUUUCUUUGUAUGGGAUUCCUCAAAGGCAAAUAUGCAUGGCAACUCAUUUGAGCGUAAGCUGGCUACGUUGAAGGGGAAGCAACAAAGUUUAGAAGCACCUAUAAGACACUCACGGAAAGCAUACUCAAGAGAGACCACACCCGAAGGCUUGAGAAGUGAGUUCGCGAGUCACAUUGGCCGGAUAAGGAGCCCAUCUCCUGCGCCCCGUGUUCCGAGAUCAAGUCGGAAGUCUCCAAUCAAUAACGUCCCUAGUCCACCUCAAACUAUCAGGAACCUCUUUCCUGAGUCCCCUAAUCAUAGUAAUCCUGUUCCUCCAUCUGUAGUGACAAGAUCACUUACAGAGGAUGCGGGUUCCACUGAGGCCAACGGAAAUGAGGCUGGCAGUGAAAUAAACUUGCAAAUACAUCCAUAUGAGAGAUUAACGGUGGUUUCUAGUGACCCGGUAAAAGGCAUAGACGUGACCAAAAAAGAGGCAUAUCUAUCAACUGAAGAGUUUGAAGCCAAGUUCAAAAUGACAAGAGCUGACUUUUACAAGCUUCCUAAGUGGAAACAAAACAAGCUAAAGAUGUCCCUCAAUCUUUUCUAGAUCAAGAUAUCUUGGGAUUCACAUACUUGACUCACAUAUAUGCAAUGCUGAAGUUUUCUACGCAAGCUCUAAUCCACGUUCACGCAAAGAAAACCUCAUUCAAAGUUGAAACUAGAAUGUUUGGCGUACCCAUUUUCUUGUUUCUUUUCAAGAUCAUUCCCAAAGUCCAAAUGAAAACGAGAAUUUUAUUAUAUGGUGAAUGGUGGUAAUGUUUUCAGUCAGGUCGACAAUUCUCCUUGUAUUGUUGUUGCUUUGGCUCGUCACCAAGCUGGUUGGUGAGACGCCAUUUUUGUUUUCUUUUUGGUCCAUUGUUUUUAUAUCUGUUUUGCUUGCAUACAACGAAAUGAAGUGUCGAUUUAAGAGUUAAA